GCCGCCGAGGCAACCGUCCGUAGUAUCUUUCAGUCUUCUUCGAUAGAGAGAAUCUAGGGUUUGUGGAAACGAGGCAGUCAGUUCUCGUCGGAUCCCCCACAACCACAUCCGUAAGCGGAGCGACAGCUUUGUGAGUCUCCGAAUUCGUGAAUUCACAGUGGCGUCGAUUUGCUUGAGGAGACAUUUGUUGAUUUCCAGUUUCCUUUGAAAUCACGAAUUCUGAAAGCUCAGAGAGAGAGAGAGAGAGACGAUUCCUGCUAUCGUGUUACUCGUAAGUUAACUUCGUUUCCCAAUCGCGACUCCAAAUUUGUUUAGCUUUUAGUGGAAUCGAAGUAUGAGUGAGGUUUAUUUGUGGAAUCGUUGAUGUGCGUCUGAUUUAGUAGCCGGGUGUGUCCAGUUUCCGAGAAACCAGAGGUCAGGUGAGGGGAUGGUAUAGCAGAUGAAAGGAUGGUGCUAACUGAAUUGAGCCUUGACUACUCAAAUAGGGGUUUAGGUUCUCAAAAGGAUCCUGUUAAAGAAAUGAACAGAGAGGAGAUGCAGCAGAAAGAAAAUAUGCUAUUCUCUUCUCAGGAGUUUGCUCAAAAGCUACAAAAGGAGAACAUGACACUGAUGAAAGCCUUAGCACACCGAAAUAAAAUAGUCGAGUUGAGUGGUAUUGAGUUUCAGAAACUGAGGAUCAACUUACGGAGUGUGCAAGAAAAGAAUUUGCAGCUUGCGCAGGCAAACAGUCAGAUGUUGGCGGAACUCAAUACAAGUAGAGACAGACUCAAGGAACUCCAGCAUGAACUUGGCUGCAAGAAUGCAUUACUUAAGGUCAAGAAACAGCUUGAGGAGCAAACGCUUCCACGUACAGAUCAUGCAUCGAAAGACAAGGUUUUAGCAAACGCUUCUGAUGGGGAUUGCAAAACCUUUCAGGUGCAUGACAUGAAUCAAAAAGAUACCAAAAGAAAGCGGACGUCGAGGAUAAAACCUUCAGGAAGUGCCGACGUCAAGCCAAUACACUGGGAAUACAAGUGUAUCUUAUUCGUGCUUUUAUUUCUUUUUGUUGUUGUUUUUUUUUGUUGUAGGCAAUGCACACGAAGGCAGUCUACCAGGUUUGAUGUUCAAGAAACUGAACAAACGGAAAAAAUGCUUGAGAUAGAUGCUCCCAAAGAAACUAAUGAAACGGCAAGGCUCUCUAUGAGAAGACGGUCUGCUCGUUUAAGGCCUGAAGAAGCUGAACCAUGUACUAGCGUCAAUGAGCGAAACAAAGUCAUCAUGGAGACAACAAAGAGGAGAAGACUCUCUUCAAUACAACGGUCUGCAAGAUUUGAUCAAGUACCGGAAGUGACUGAAACCUUGAAUGCUGAUGAUGCAGGAAGUAUUGUAAUCGAAGAGUCUCUUGGAUCAAGAUCUGAAGCUGUGGAGGAACCAUCUGAAAGCAGAGUUGACACAAAAGAGACAAACCAGAAACGCAGAGUCUCAACGAGAAGACAAUCAAGAAUGGGUAAAUCUCAAACCGAUGAAGCAAUUAAAGAAAUAGCGACAGAUCCAUCUUUGGACAACAACGUAGUUCAAGAGUGUGAUCACGAAACCGAAACAAAGGACAAGCCUAAAGCUGACGAAAACGAAGGGAUGACAAGAAGAUCAUCUGUGGGAAGACCAUCGAGACAUGCCGCAGAGAAAGUCCAAUCAUACAAAGAAGUCUCACGUAAAGUGAAGAUGCGACGAAAAUGCUAAAUCUCCAGCAUUGUCUUGUGCUAUUUGUUCAAAAGCUUACUGCAUGCUCUUGUCUGAUUUUGCCUCCUACUUAAAACGAUAGUGUAAGCUUUAUCUACGCUUCUGUAGUAAUUUGUCAUUACUUUCUUAUGCUUAUUUUCCUUGAAUUAGUAUACGUUACUUAUAACUAAGUCGUUAAAUUGGUACUGUU